AAAAAAAUUAAACUAUCACGCAUAAAUGUUUUUGUUUACAAAAUGAGGUUAUGAUAGAUAUCAAAAGUGUUGUUCUGUUUGAUUUUAACUAUUAGUAAAUUAGGAUCAUGCCAACAAAUAUCCCACCUAAGAUCCUUAGGAUCAAGAGGAAACGAAAUCAAGAUCCUCUUCAAGCAUUGAUUCUUGAAGAUAAACGAAGUUCAAAACGUUCGAAACCUUCAACUCCAAUCCAAUCUCCAAUAAGUACACCCAUAAAGUCCAAUUCAAGAGAGAAUUUAAAUCUUAUCUUUACGUUGACUAGAACUGAUACAUUAGGUAAAGAUGAUUGGGAUGAAACUAUUUUACAAUCUGUUUUAUCAGAAAGUAUCAAUACAAAAGUACUGGAUACUCCUACUAAAGAUGAUGAACUUUAUUCAGUUUUGAAGAUGAAUUUACGUCAUGAUAGGAAAAGAAAAUUCGUUAUACCUAAAAAUCAAACUGAAGAAGAUACAAUCAUUCCUAAUGAGUUAUCAGAUAUGGUCAAUUCAAUGUUAACCGUAAGUAAUACUAAUGAUACUACUAGAAAGAGAAGAACUAGAAAUCAUAAAGUUAGUUUUAAUGAAUCAGUUCAAGUACGUCAACAAAUCACCACUACCACCACCACUGAAGAGCCUAAACAAGGUGACGAUAAAUCUAAUGAUGAUGAAGCUUCAGAAUAUGUUUAUGAUGUCUAUCAAUUGAAUAGUGCCAUACCUUUGACUUCGGCAAAUCACCCUCAAUCUCAAAUUGGAUAUAUAAGAUUUUUCGAUGAUGAUGAUCCUAAUGAUCUUUAUCAAAGUGAUGAUGAUACUACCAUGCCUGCUACGGCAUUCUCUGAUGAUGAAGAUUCCAAUGCUGAAGAUUUUUAUCAAAAUGAUUAUCCUACUGAUGAAGAUGCAGGAGCUUUCAGUGAAACUAAUUCAUUUACGGAAAAUCCUGAUGAUGAUGAUGAAGGUGAAGAAUAUGAGAAUGAACAGAUUGGUAAAUCAUAUAUUGACAAUCGAUUAGAUGAUAGUGAAUUAGAUGGGUUUGAAAAUGCUGGUUCUUAUUUACCUGAUGAUAAUUACUAUGUCGAUGAAGAUAAUGAUGAUAAUGAUGACGAAAUGAACUCAAAUUUUAAAAGAAAUACUUUCUUUGCUUCUGAUGAACAUGAUCCAAUGGCCAUCCAUAGAGAUAAAGUGUUUGGAAAAUUGGAGAAAAUGAUCCAAGAUAUGGAUGAGAAUUAAGGAAUAUAUAAACCAUAUUCUUUAUUAAUGAUACAAAUGUCUAUGUAUUUAUA